GUGUCUAGGAACGGAGGGGGUAUAGAAGAGACCCCCUGGUGCUACACAAUGGAUCCCUUGGUUAGAUGGCAGCACUGUACAAUCCCUCAGUGUGAAAACCUGACCGAUCUUGUGAGCUAUGCUGUAGAACUUGAUAUAGUUGAGAAUAGAACAAUAAUAGAAGAUCUGAUGAGUCCAACCUUUAUCGUGCUAGCUGCUGGGGUGGGGGUGGGCGUGGUUAUUGUGCUCCUCCUUAUCUCUCUAAUAUGUUCUAAACUAUGCAGAAGUGGGCCUGGAUACACGGCUACAAGGAUACAGGACGGAGAUAUAGAUUUGGAAAAAUUAGCAGAGAACAGUAACUAUCAAACUACAGGUAGUUGA